AUGGCCACUGACUUCAUCAACGCAUUUCGACGCCUUCAGACACACGAGAGAGGCCGGGCGCUCCAGGAUCUAACAGCAGAACUAUCAACCUAUGAGUGGAGAGCACUCCAUGCCGCGACCAGCAGCCGCACUUUUCAAUUCGACGUCAUCGGCAGUCUGCCAGUUGAGCUAGUGGCUCAGAUAUUUUGCCUCUUGGAUCCUGCUACUCCAUAUCGCCUCCAAAGUGUCUCAAAACGAUGGCGCGAUACCCUCCGGAGUCUACAUGUCCUCAAAGCAAGCCUCAACCAGUGGUAUCAAGGUACUGUCAAUCUUCAAGAUGCUGAAUACGCCCUGUGUAAAAAGAAAGCUCGCGAUAUACAUGCUUUUCGCACUGGCAAGCCGAGUCGUAUCUACAAAAUCAUUCCCAAAUACGAUUCCGACGAGUCCCUCCUUCCUAGCAACCCGAUCUACGAUUUCAAGCUGGUAGGCAGUAGUCUCAUCUGGCAUCACGUAUUCCACCGCGAUGUGACCCCAUCACGCUCCGCUUGCGUGCUGGACCUUGAUACAUGGCAUCUCCGCGUUUUGGGCGGAGAAGCACGUGAGCAAAUCAUGAAUGUCUUCGCAUCUAGUGAGAUCGUGGUGCUGACCACAUAUGCAAACGUUUGCUACGUGCAUGAAUUGCGAGGCAAACAAGGCUGCAAGAAGUUCAGAGUACCAAACAGGAACUUCCUCAAGAACGUUAGCUGUCGUGGACGCACUGUCGCAUGUGUUGCCUGUGUCGACUACCACGCAUCGGUGUAUAUCUGGGAGUACGAUUCGCAGCGUGGCAGGUCGUUUGAGAUCAGGCACGAGCUGGGGAACAUAUUCCUCAACCCACAGAGACACGAUUCAUACAUUCUAGCUCCUCUUGUACAGCCCGAAACCCAGACGAUCAUCAUAUUUACUGGAGCUUCACGUAGUCCUACACCUUGUCAGGGUCCACGAGAUUUCGAAUUUCGUCGCUACACGUACCGCGGAGAGUGUAUUAGCACCCAUCGUGCACGCCUACCUGAUUUUGAUGGCGCCCUAGGAUUUGAACGUCCAGCCAUAAACGACUUUGUUCCAGUAGACUACAAAGAGUCUAUCUUCGCGAUAUACAUGCACUAUUAUGACAUUGCUCAGGGGGAGAUGUCGCUCUUGCUACGGUUCAAUGAGGAGGAGAAUGACCUAAGUGUUUGGCAGGGUCCGAAAUACCAGGGUAAGCAAGGCUCAUGGUGGGAUUCACUGGCAUGGUGGCGAGACACCUGCUAUGGUGAUCGAUGGGAUCAUGAGGCCGAGCAGCGAGACAUGAUUGCUCAAAUGGGUACUAGUGAUACCAAACGCUACGUGCCCGUCGUCUGGGACACGAAGGACUUCAGGAGGGCCCUCGUCUGGGAGAAGUUAAAUUCGCCUAUCGUGAUGAACGAAAAGUACAUUGUCAGGAAUACGGUGUUACAUUUCUAUAUACUCUGUUUCGGCGAUGAUAACGAAGGCCAAUGGCCGACGAAGAGCGGAACACUCUUUGAUAUGUGGGAACUUGAGGUGGCCGUAGUUCAGAACACUGUCGCGAAAAUGGUCGAGAAGGUCUACGUCACAUACAACCAGGUCCACAAGCUCUGCCAAGAGGCAGCAGACCAAAUCCUUAAUGAGUUCCAGCCUAACCUUAUGAUCGCCAUUGGCGGUGGUGGUUACGUCCCUGCGCGUAUCCUCCGGUACGUAACCUCCAAGUCCCAUUUCAACGCCUCCGAAACCAAGAACCCCUCAACUAACAACCUCUUGAGUUCUUUCCUCAAGAAGCCCAACAGCCCCAACAUCCCCAUCCAGGCCAUCGGUCUCUCCCUUUACGAACAACUCGGCUCGGGUCCCGACUCUGAGGUCGAAACCCCCGGCACAAAAGUAACACGAACCCAAUGGCUGGACCUCUCCUCUCUCGAGAUGGCAAACCUGAUCGGCAAAAACGUCCUCAUCGUCGACGAGGUAGAUGACACACGCACCACCCUCGAAUACGCCGUCCGCGAGCUGGAGAAGGAUGUCGAGACCGCAGUCAAGAAGCUCGGCCGCGAGGGCGAGAAGACAAACUUCUCAAUCUUCGUCUUGCACAACAAGGAUAAGGCGAAGAAGGGUCAAUUGCCUCAGGAGAUCCUCAAGGGCAGGUAUAGUGCUGCCAGGACAGUUGGAGAUGUUUGGAUCAACUACCCUUGGGAGGCUACCGACAUUGACGAGCAUGACCGUUUGUCGAGGGAGCAGGAGAGCAAGCAAUAA